GACCUCCCUUUGCUUUUCUGGGGAGUGUAAUGCUCGUAAGGCUCGUCGCCUCUCCUCGUUCAUGUCUUGUCAAUCAAGUCUGUGUAAAGUUUUUUUCUUCCGCCGUAACUUUGCGCCACCCGAGCGCCGCAUGUGCUCAAGCCAAUUAAUUGAAGUUCGAAUACGGUGUUUCGGCUGAGUAUAGCAGCGAACCCAAGUUGUCAUCCAACGGAGUAUUUCUGUUGGCUAACUGUGCGUGGAGGCGAUGCUACCCACGAACUUGCAACGCACUACGUACCGUGGUCCGGUGUGCUGUUCGUGUUUUCACCCCUCUCGCGCGAUCCCACGCCCGCUUCUUCUCCUUUUUUGUUGGACCGCAACUACAAAGCCACAGGUUCUCUUUUUGUGUUUCUUCUGCAUACAGGCACGCCCCCUCAAAAGGGAAAAACAUAGAAGCUUCUUAAUGUCCUCUCACUGCAUACGCACUGCUGUCGCAUAAAGCUGUAGGGCGUGCGCAUUUUUGUCUACCUCUCCUGUGGCUUCUCAGCUCCAAAAACAUAUUCCCUCAAACGGACGGCUUCAUUCGGUCGGAAGAGCGGGUUGUUGUUUUUUAGCUCCGCCCGUCUUGAGCGUCGUUUGUGAUACGAAGCAUUGCGAUGUUCUGCUCCGCGUGGCUACGCGCCGCCGCAACAGCUACAGCGGGUGUUGCUGACGCCGCGGCGAACUUCCGCUUUGUCGCGUCCGACAUGGACGGCACGAUUCUCACGCCGCAGCACACCCUCAGCGAGUUCGCCACCGAGACGCUGCGCCGGCUGACGCAGGAUCGUCACGUCCCCUUCGUCUUCGCCACUGGCCGCUUCUACGCGGAUGUGGCGGCGAUCAACAAAGACAUGCAGCGCUUUUUCUACGAGCGUCGCCAGGCCCUGCCGCCUGUCGCUGGCGCGACGUGGGAGGGGACGCCGACCUACAUCAUCACUUCCAAUGGGGCGGUGGUGCACAACGCAGAGACGGGCGAGGUGGUGCUGAAGCGUAUGAUUGACCCAGCACUUGCACACGAGAUCUACCACCUGCUGCCCUCCAGCGAGACACGCAUCAACACCGGGAUGAUUCACGGCGACGCCUGGUGGUAUCGCAUGGACUGGGAAGAAAUGCUGCAGUUUCACAAGCAGUCCGGGUGCCGCUACAAGGUAGUCCCGCGCCUGACUUGGGACGUGACGAGAGGUGUGGACCACGUCUACAAGCUCUUCUUCUCCAGUUGGGACCGUCCCUUGCUGGACAAGUUGGAGCAGCUGCUGCAGGAGCGCUACGGCAAGUUGCUCACGGUGACGUUUUCGUCAUCGUACAGUGUGGAUAUUAUGGCGAAGGAUGUCACGAAGGCUUCUGCACUGCGACACCUCUUUCAGCGGAUGGAACCUCUCCCGAAGGAAUCGCCGCAGGAAGCCAGCGAAGCAGCGCGACUGAAGGCUACGAUUGCCUUUGGCGACGACCUCAAUGAUGCGGCCAUGCUGACGGAGGUCGGACGCGGCUUUGUGAUGGGCAAUUGCAACCCGCAGCUGAAGGUGCGCUGUCCGCAGUUAGAGGUCAUCCAGACCAACAGCGAGGACGCUGUCACGAAGAAGAUCCGCGAAGUCUUCCAACUCGAUUGA